AUGAAUGAUUACGACGAUCGGACGAGUAUCACUUCAGCGCUGUCUUACAAAAGCACCAGCGACAUCGUAGAGGGGAUCAACCCGCGCGAGACAUCAACUCCGUCGAGGAGCCAUCAGCGCUCGCCGAUGAAGAAGCUCACCCUGAUUGUCGACAAAACACGUUUCAUCUGCAGUACUGCCAUUUUUCAAAGUCAUCCAGAAACGCUCCUAGGGAAGAUGUUCUCCGCUGGCCUUCUCAAACCUGGUGUUGUUUCGGUCCAACUCAACGAACAUGGCGAAUACGUUUUUACAGAGAAUAUAUCUGCACCCGUUUUCAAGGCGAUUUUGGAUUAUUACACUGGCGGAAUCAUCAAAUGCCCUCCUGGAAUAUCCCUCGCUGAGCUGCGAGAAACCUGCGAUUAUUUCUUAAUACCGUUCUCCGCUGAUACUGUUCAAUGCGAGAAUUUCGCGGACAUGAUGCACGAACUUUCGAAUCUUGGUGCGCGGGAUGAGUUUUCCAAACUGUUGAAGACGCUGAUUAUGCCAAAGCUGGUUGAGGCAUGUUCAGUUGGCGACAGAGAAAUCAGACUAGUUGUUCUUCACGAUGACGACAUCAUCGACUGGGACAAGGACUUUCCGCCUUUGAGCGAGGAAGAACGCCAGAGCUUGUACACCGUCGUCUCGAGCAAACUCUCCCGCUUCGCUAAGUACAUCGAAAACAGAGAGGUAGCGAAACAGGUGCUCAUCGACCGCGGUUUCAAAAAGAUACGGCUCGGUAUAGAAGGCUAUCCGACAACCAAAGAACGUGUCAAGCAGAGAAGGGGAAAAAGCCACGUCUCCUACAAUUUUGUUCAAAGGCCAUUUAUAACCCUAUCAUGGGAGAAGGAGGAGCACCGCUCGCGGCACGUCGACUUCCAGUGUGUGAAAUCAAAAAGCUCGUCUAAUUUGCCAGAAGUCGUCAAUUUGGAGAACAACCAAGAGGUGGAAUUCGUCAUCCCUCCAAACCUGGUUGACGUCGUCGACGGAGUAGCUCCAAGAAACGACGAUCAUAUAGUUGAAAUCGACUAA